AACAUUCCGCUCAUCGUACAAAUGUUUUGUUACGUUUGGAUGGCAUGACUGAUUUUUCAGCGUCAAAAGAUUUCUUUCACUUCCUUAUUAGUGUUCACCGAUCUAUCUCUGAUGAAGUUUUCGUCCACCGUAACUUGAGUCACUGGGGGCAACAUAAGCUCCCCAGAUCGAUACCAGAACAUACCUGGGAAUUACACUACAGUAACUCGUCUUUUUAAAUGAAAACUGGAGAUACUUAAAAUAACGACUGUUUACUGACCUAAGAGGCCUACUGUCAUGUCAAGUGAUAGGCAGCGUCAUAUAAAAUUACCAGUCUCGAGAAUUUAACCAACCGGAAUUACAAAUCAAUUUGAACUUAUAAUUUAACUUUCACUUUUGUCAGCAUGGCGGCUAAUUCCGCAACAGUACCUCAGAGCCCCACUCCAGAAGACUUCGACUUGACAGCUGUUCUUAAGUCUGGCGUGCCAGGCGGUUUUUGGCCGUCAGAGGCUGUCGUGCUUGCCGUAGCUAGAGGAAGAGAUGGAAAGAUCUUGUCACGAAAGGUUUACAGGAGCGGAUCGAUCCACGCGUUCAAGCAGUCGAUUGUGCAACUCGAAGAACAUCCAUUAACGGGCUUCCUACACGAUUUCCAGCUUCUUAGCAAUUUUUCGCCGUGCGGAGAAUGCUCGGAGAAGAUCUGCGAGUGGCUCGCGCAAAACGAGAGUGUAAGCGUGUCGAUUCGCUUCGCCCAUCUACAUAAUAUUCACGUCCGCGUGCAGAAGGUCGCAGAGGAUAAUGCCAUCGGUUUGAGAAAGUUGGUGGAGAAAGGAGUUCAACUAAAGGCUCUGUCAGAUUACGACUGGCUGCAGCUAUUGAUGAUCGACCGAGGUUUCGCAGCCAAAGAUGACUGGAUAGCAAAAAGGAAACAGGUUGACAAGAAAAAUCAGAAGGAUUUAGAGGAAAUUCUUCAGUCGACAAGUCUGGGCGAGACUAUGCAGAAGAUGCGACUUUACUGAAUAUUGCAAGGACACUUUUGUUUCUUUACAAAAAAAGGUCAUUUUCAAGGAGUGGGGGAGAAUGAUGUUUGGGUUAACUGAAUUUGUGAGAAAUUAAUCGUUACCAUUCGAACUCUUUAUCAGUUAAUUUACAACGCAAAUGACCUCAAAAGACCUUGCAUAUCUUUGAAGGAGUAUCUCUUUCAGACUGCAAAUGAUAAAUAAAUUACGGGUGAUCAGUGUAGCUUGGUAACGCGAUAUUAAAUUUCCUACAUCUCGAGUAACUUAAGCUUCUUAGCAUCAGUGUUGUGGGUUAAUAAGUGUUUUGAAGUGUGCGAACAUUUUUCCACGAAUCCUACUUUUUGUGAGGUUGUCUUCUCUGACUAGUCAAAGGAAAGCUUUUGAAAAUAACUUUUACGUGGUACUUUUUCCCUACGUUGUUAAAGUAAUUAUAAUAAAAUUUCUGGGACGUUUGCCAGGCUCCCUACAUGCAGCUUCGCAGUUGUUGGUGAAGUUGGCUGGCAUCUGGAAGACACAGGA